AUGGAGGAAGAAUAUGAAAGUGUCUUGUUGAUCAUUCGUGAAUGUUUUGUUUACAAGAUUCCUCCAAGAACAGCAGCAAGAGGAUAUAGAGCUGCUGAAUGGGGAGAUUUGGCUACGUCAUUUUUAUGGAAGGGUCGAUUGAGAGUUGUGAGUAAAGGUAGAAGGUGUGAGAUUAGGUUAGAAGACAGCAGUAGUGGUGAACUAUUUGCCAUGUGUCCCUAUGAGAUCCAUUCAAAUUCUGUUGAAGCUGUAUUAGACUCUAGUCGUUACUUUGUUCUCAAGAUUGAAAAUGAAGGUCGACAUGCCUUUAUCGGCAUGGGUUUCCAAGAAAGAUCAGAUGCCUUUGAUUUCAACGUGACGUUACAAGAUUUUGUAAAGGCUGAAAAAGAAGCGGCUGAACGAACAGUGGAUACAACGCCCAAAAAGGAUUACGGACUAAAGGAAGGUCAGACGAUCAAUAUUACCAUUGGUAAUCUAGGCGUCAAAAGAUCAAAGCCUCGUUCUGCCACAAAUAACAAUGAUGGUAUCGUUCCUUUAUUGCCUCCUCCUCCUUCU